AUGAUUCGACCGUUAUUUGCAGCCGUGUCGUCGGCGCGCUGCGCGUGUCCGGUCUCAACUACGGCCCGUCAGACGCCAAUCGCGACGCUGUUGACGCCGCGCAUCCAAAACAAUCUGCACAUCUCUGCCACCAUCGCACAGUCUGCCCCCGCCGCCAUGUCCAGACAAUUCACAAGCUCCGCCCUCCGAUCCUCAUCGCCCUUCCGUCUCUCCUCCGACAAAAACGAAUCCUACCAAAACCCUAAUGAUGAAUACUACAGUCCCUAUAAGCCAAAGCGCCAAUGGCCUCCUGAUAUGUCGAAACUGUCACCGAAGCAUCAAUUUCGACUCGAGCGCAAGUAUCGCCGACGCGCGGCGCUGAAGUACGCCCGGCCCAAGUUCAUCAAGACUGUGACUUUGGCUCAGUGGGUUAUUAUUGGCUUUGUCGUGGUUUAUGCGGUCCUCUUCAUGAACUGGGAUACCAAGGAUACGCCGUUUGAUGGAAUCCGAGAGGCCGUGUUCUCGGGGGUCAAAUCUGUGUUCUCGAGUCCGCCGCCCCCUGGCCCAGUCAAGCGAGCAAAUGAUGGCACCGUGGCAGGUUCUGAGAAGUAG